GAGCAGCAAGCGAGCGGAGGAGGAUGUGGAGCGAGACAAGGCGUUUUGGGAGCAGAGUGUGUUCCAAGAGGAGGAGGAAGAUGCCGAUUUUGACGUGAGCAAGGAGGCGUGGGGGGGGAGUGGCAGCGCCGAGGAGCAGGAGGGCGUGGAACAUGCGGAGGACAAGGAGGUGGGAGAGGAGGAGGAUGCGGAGGCGAAGAGGAUAGAAGGUGGAGAGGUGGAGGAGGCAGAAGAUGAUGCGGAGGAAUCGGAAGGCGAGGAGGGGGAGGAGGAUGGUGGUGAUGACAGUGGUCGUGUGACAGUGGGAGGUGGGGAGGAGGCAGGGGGUGGGAAGGCGAAGCAGGAAGCAGAAGCAGGAGAGAAAGUGGAGCGAGAGGAGGAGGAGAGGCAAGGCACGGCAGGGGAGCAGGACGGGAGCGGAGGCGGCAGCAAAGACGGGGAGGGGGAGGGGAACAAGCGGAAAGGCGUGGGGAG